GAGAGCCCUGGUGCUCUCCGGCUCCUUGGCUUGUGGCAGUGGGUCCCACCAGACCCGCCCUGUGCACAUCACUUCGGGACGCCAGGGUCUUCUCCUUCUGCCCUCCAGGCCGGGGCCAGACACCCCAUUCCUUUUUCUUACUGCAGUGCCUGGGUCUUCCGUUCUUCUAAAACAAGAUGCCGUCGGGUUUCCAGCAGAUCGGCUCUGAAGAUGGGGAACCCCCUCGGCAGCGAGUGACGGGGACACUGGUCCUUGCUGUGUUCUCAGCUGUACUUGGUUCCCUUCAGUUUGGCUACAACAUUGGGGUCAUCAACGCCCCACAGAAGGUGAUUGAACAGAGCUACAAUGCAACAUGGCUGGGGAGGCAGGGUCCUGGGGGACCCAAUUCCAUCCCACAGGGCACUCUCACUACACUCUGGGCUCUCUCUGUGGCCAUCUUUUCUGUGGGCGGCAUGAUCUCUUCGUUUCUUGUCGGCGUCAUUUCUCAAUGGUUGGGAAGGAAGAGGGCUAUGCUGGCCAACAAUGUCUUGGCAGUGCUGGGGGGCACCCUCAUGGGCCUCGCCAAUGCCGCCGCUUCCUAUGAGCUGCUUAUUCUUGGACGGUUCCUCAUCGGCGCUUACUCAGGGCUAACAUCAGGGUUGGUGCCUAUGUAUGUGGGAGAAAUCGCCCCCACUCAUCUUCGGGGUGCUCUGGGAACACUCAAUCAAUUGGCCAUCGUCAUUGGCAUUCUGAUUGCCCAGGUGUUGGGCUUGGAGUCUCUGCUGGGCACGGCUGCCCUGUGGCCACUGCUGCUGGCUCUCACAGUGCUUCCUGCCCUCCUGCAGCUGAUUCUCCUGCCCUUCUGUCCUGAGAGCCCCAGAUACCUUUACAUCAUCCGGAACCUGGAGGGGCCUGCCCGAAAGAGUCUGAAGCGCCUGACGGGCUGGGCCGACGUGUCUGACGCACUGGCUGAGCUGAAGGAUGAGAAGCGGAAGUUAGAGAGAGAGCGGCCCAUGUCCCUGCUCCAGCUCCUGGGCAGCCGCACCCACCGGCAGCCUCUGCUCAUUGCAGUUGUGCUGCAGCUGAGCCAGCAGCUCUCGGGCAUCAACGCUGUUUUCUACUAUUCAACAAGCAUCUUCGAGUCAGCUGGGGUAGGACAGCCAGCCUACGCCACCAUCGGAGCUGGUGUGGUCAACACCGUCUUCACGUUGGUCUCGGUGCUCUUAGUAGAACGGGCCGGGCGACGGACACUCCAUCUCCUGGGCCUGGCAGGCAUGUGUGGCUGUGCCAUCUUGAUGACUGUGGCUCUGCUUCUGCUGGAACGGGUUCCAGCCAUGAGCUAUGUCUCCAUCGUGGCCAUAUUUGGCUUUGUGGCCUUCUUUGAGAUUGGCCCUGGCCCCAUCCCCUGGUUCAUUGUGGCCGAGCUCUUCAGCCAAGGACCCCGCCCAGCAGCCAUGGCUGUCGCUGGUUUCUCCAACUGGACAUGUAACUUCAUCGUUGGCAUGGGUUUCCAGUAUGUUGCGGAUGCUAUGGGUCCCUAUGUCUUCCUUCUGUUUGCUGCCCUCCUGCUUGGCUUCUUCAUCUUCACCUUCCUCAAAGUGCCUGAAACCAGAGGCCGGACGUUUGACCAGAUCUCCGCCGCCUUCCGCCGGACACCUUCCCUCUUAGAGCAGGAGGUGAAACCCAGCACAGAACUUGAGUACUUAGGGCCAGAUGAGAAUGACUGAGGGCAAGGCAGGGUGGGAGAGCCACCCUCUACAGCCCCACAGACCCCUCCUCUCAACAGCCCUUUAGCCCUCUUUUCCCGUUUCCUCCAGGAUGGAGGAAACUGCAGCCUGCAGAACUGGGAAGCCAAGGGAAGGGGUGGUUCAAGUACCCCCUCAUUCCCCUCCGGUGACUCUUUUGGAUUAUUUAUGUGUUGUGGCUAGGCUCUGGCCACCCGGUGGGCUAUCCUCCUCUCCUGCCUUUCUCCUGCCCCUACCCAGACUCAGCCGCAGAAAACUUCUGUUCCCUUUAGAAAGGGGAGAGCCUUUCUAAAGCUCAGCCGGAUGAGCAGGAGUGGCCAUCAGAGUUGUGAUUUCCUUCCAACUGUGACUCCGCCUACAAUUUGGCAGUUCCCCUGAAUUCUUGCCACAUAGACUCUAGGUGAAGGGGGGUUCUGUCUUGACCCCUCCAGGGCAAAGGACACACCCUCCCAAAGUCUAGCCGGUCCCUGUAGGCUCCACCUUCCAGGGCAAAGGAACUCAACAGUAUAUACCUGAACAUGGCAAGGUGCAGUAAUGGCAAGUGUCAGUCUCUAGACUGGGGGCUAGCCUGCUGUUUCCCAGGGCUGCCGAGCGUGGGCACCAGCUCUUUCUUGUUCCCCUCCAGGAAGGGUGCUAGACCCGAAAGCUUUUGACCAACUAAAGGCAAGAGGGGAUUUGAAAGGCUGUCUGUAUAAACACUGGUUGGGAGGAAGCCUUUGGAUAUUUUUGUAUGUUUUAAAUGGGUAGGGAGCAGAAUCCCAAGGGCUGCUGUAUUA